AGAGAGAAAGGGGAGGAGUGCCAGGCGGGAUGGUAAUGGGGCUCCGUGGUGGGCGCGUUCACGCCCGGCUGCCCCAUGUGUCUAGCAAUUGCUAACCUGGGCAAAUAAUUAGGAAGAUGGUAGUAUGAUUGGGUAAAGUAACAAUUGCUGCCUGCCCCGGUGCGGUUCUUCCUGGCGCUAUGGAAAUUCUUAUGACUCCAGAUUAUUACGUGAUCGUAGAUGGUGAAGAAACCUUGUGGUGCAGCCGCAUCGAUGGAAAGCUGGAACCAAGAAAACGAUCCGAGCUGCAUCAACUGACAGAUCCUGUCUGCUUGGGCACAGUCUACGGAAUAAUUGGAAAAUUUCAGCCGCAUCCAGACUCUGACCAGCAGCUGGUCCUUAUACGACAAACAAGUCUCAUAGGAUGCCUGCCUGGAAAUCACCAAGUCUUUAAGGUUAACAAGGUUGUUCUGGUACCACUCUCAGUCCAUGAAGCCCCAGAACUGGAAAUGGAGCCAUGCAGCAAGCACCCACCAAGUUGGAGAAGGCCUGAUCGAAGCCCUGCGUCGGAGUUACAGCAGCGAGCUUUCCAAAAAACAUGGCAAACCAUCAAAACUGCUACCGCUCAAGUCAAGCCACGCAAGACUGUGCAGAAUCGAGAGCGGGACAAAUAUGAGCGGAGGUUGCUGGAUGAACUCUUGAAGAUGUUCAAUGACACGGACUCAUUUUACUUCUCUCCGACUGGUGACCUGACCAACACAAUGCAACGCCAAGUGGAGCAGCCACAGCACCCUGAAGAUACACCCCAUUGGAAAAAGCUGGAUGAAAGAUUUUUUUGGAACCGUGAAAUGCUUCGGGAUUUGACAGAAAUUGAGGGUGGCGACCACUGGAUUUUACCUGUUAUUCAAGGCUUUGUGCAAGUUGAGCACUGCCAACUUGACCCCAUUGAUGAUAACCACACUGAAGCAGCACUUGGACAGGACAGUUCAGGGGCUUGGUUUGAUGUGCAAAGUGCUACACGACCAACGGCGAAGGAGUUUACUAUGACCUUAGUGUCGCGACGAAGUCGUUACCGUGCAGGAACGCGUUACAAGCGGCGAGGGGUGGAUGAAAUGGGCAAGUGCGCCAACUAUGUGGAGACCGAGCAAAUUUUUGAGCACGCUGCCCAUGUGGUGUCAUUUGUGCAAGUGCGUGGCUCGGUGCCCGUCUUUUGGAGUCAACCGGGCUACAAGUAUCGUCCACCUCCGCGCCUUGAUAGGGAUGAAGAAGAAACAAAACAAGCCUUUGAAAAACACUUCGCUGAGCAGAUAGCACUCUAUGGCAACCAGGUUAUAAUCAGCCUUGUAGAACAAACUGGCAAAGAAAAACUCCUGGCAGAUGCAUACCUGAAUCAUGUUCUUCACCUGGACUGCCCUGAACUGACUUAUGUCAGCUUUGACUUUCAUGAGUAUUGUAGAGGUAUGCGUUUUGAGAAUGUUUCAGUUCUCAUAGAUGGCAUCAAGGACUUGAUACGUGACAUGCGAUACUGUUGGUUGGACCAGCAGGGACUUAUAUGUGGUCAGAGGGGUGUCUUUCGAGUCAAUUGCAUUGACUGCUUGGAUAGAACAAAUAUUGUACAAACAGCCAUUGCCAAGACUGCCAUGGACACUCAGUUUGUCCGACUGGGCUUGCUGCCACCUGAGGGAGUGCUACCUACAGCUUGCCGGCGCAUUUUCCAAAUGUUAUGGGCCAACAAUGGGGACAUUAUCAGUCGCCAGUAUGCAGGCACAGUAGCUCUCAAGGGAGACUUUACAAGGACUGGUUCCAGACGGCUGGCAGGGAUGAUGAAAGAUGGCUACAAUUCCGCCAACAGGUACUAUGUAAACCGGUUCAAGGAUGCUUACCGACAGGCCACCAUUGACCUAAUGCUGGGAAAUCCAAUAACUGAAGAUUUUAUGGCAGUCAGCCCAGAGCAGGAGGAUGAACCUGUAUUGGAAAUGCAGGAUCAGGAGCACCAAGAGCAUGUUAAGCAGUUGAUAGAGCACUGCAAGAAGAUGCUGAUUCCCGAGAGUGAGGUGGUGUUAGGAGGAUGGGCUCUCAUUGAUGCGGAUCCCGUCACUGGUGAUCCUGGACAAGCUGACAUGGACUCCAUUCUGGUGCUAACCAAAGAUUCAUACUAUGUGGCUGAGUAUGAUGACCAGACGGAUCGUAUUACCAAAUAUCAAAGAGUGUUCCUAGAGGACCUUGAGAAAAUGGAACUAGGCCCUGAACCAUCUCUCUUCAAAUCAAGACACUAUUGUAUUCGUUUCCAUUAUCUGGUCAAUGGACAGAGUGGCUACUUUCACAUGUUUAGGUCUACAGGAACUCGCUUCUUCAAUAAUGUGGCUGUUCCCAUUAGUGGAGAAGAAGAAACGAUUGAGUCAUUGAAGGCCAUCUGUGAGUCCUUCAAGGUGGCGCUGAGUGUUAAGUCACUGAGUGUACCACUGUUUGAGGGUAAACUGGAAAGGCGCCGCAGCAAGCUACCCUUCGUCCAGGGCGAGCGACCAGGAAGCCUUGGCUUGGCACCUCUAGGGGUCAUGACACGCAACAUGUCUGAAGGUCAGCUGAUGGCCUUCGUGAGUGUGGGGUCACGUGCUCUCAGCAAUGUGACUUCACAGUUCGCCCGGCUUAACCCCAUGCGCAGUGUGCGUGGCCUGGCCAAACGCCCUGCUGCUGCUCUAGGGGCACUCACCGAGGGCUCCUUUCAGGUGGACAGCUCAUCAGACUCAGAGGAAGACUCGGCACGCUGGCUGCGACAACCAUUGCCAGCAACUGAGCGUGCACUGAGCUCUGAUUACUCAAGUGAUUCGGAUGUGCCAGAGCCAGGACAUGAUGCACUGCUUGAGAGCUGUGGCAUUCUGGCCACAAGCCCUGGUUUGGCCAACUGCGAACAGAGAGCACCUACCCACCAGGCUGUGGACAUUGAUGAUUUUGUGCUAGAUGCCAUGCGUCGUGCUUCCCUGCGCCAGCCCAAGAUCCAGUCUGCUGCUCUGGCUCCACAAAUUCAGGUGAGCGGAGAGAGUCCUGUAGAGGCACCCACCGGAGGUCGCUUACGCCAGUUGUCCAAAUCCUCAGAGGAGCUGGAAAGUCGACCUGCCAGCACGUCACCUGGAAAUCUGUCAAGACUAUUUGUGCUUGAGGAGGGUCCUCGUGAGCCAGCAAAAAUGAAAAUGUCGCAUAGUGAGAGUGCCAUUCAAGAUUUUUCGCUUCCUGGUCCGAGUCCAGUGUCCUCGCCUAUCGUCAUCAAAAAAGAUCUGGUGCUGUCGCCUUUGUCACGCAUUGCCAAGGGUGUGCAGACCUUGGGCUUAAACCUGAGGCCAACAGCUAUUGUGGGACGUCGUGCACAACUGCCCGUGGAGAGCGAAGCUCUGCAGCAGCGCAAGCGAGCCUGCCGCUCCCAAAUCAUAGAGCUCUGAUGCUAUGCAUUAGGCCAGCUAUUACUCUCCACGUGCAGUGUGCACCAGUGUGCAAGUACUAUUUUGAAGCUCGCACAGACGAAAAUUCUAUUUCUGGUCAUGCGGCAGCCUGAUGAUCUUCUAGCAACUGUCGUGGCUAAAAAACACAGCUAGCACCCAUUACGCACCUUUGCAAGCAAUGCCUCUUCUUGCACUUGCAGGCUGAGCUGUAGGGAUGGGACUUGUUUGUAAGAACAUGUCUUUUUUUUUUUUUUUUAAUGUCAGUAACGAAAUAUGCAGUAGUGGCUAUACUGAGCACUUUUUUUUUUCACUCUAUCUAAAGCUCAAAUCAGUGUCCAGCCUAGUCUGUCACCAACCUGCAUAUUCCUACUUACAAACCAUUCCACAGCCUGGGCAUCAGCUGCUCCGGCCAGCCCCCUAGGCUUGGCUUGUUGCGUAAAGAAUAAAAUGAAUCCUGACAGCUUUCAUGAGGUACUUGCCGCAGUUGUGUACAUAAUUUGUUGCAGAAAGUUUGUAUAAUCAUGUACUAAAAUUUGUACCAUGCAUGUUUUCCUCGUAUGAGAAUGUACCGUACAGUUGGUGUGCUCUCUGUCUGUAGUGCCCUUUCCCAUCUGUUAAUGUAGAAAUUUAUUUAGUUGCUAGCUUUUAUUGAGAGGCAUUUACGGGUGCAUUUAUCACUGAACACAUUCCAAGUCAUUCCCGUCUUAAGCUACAGUAAUUUUGGACCAAGCAAGCGACAGCAGUUGGGACUGCUGGCAAAAAUGAAUACUCGGCCGCAUAGGCAUCACCUCUGUCACAUAAUAAUCAUGUUCUUAUCCAGCUUGGUGUAGGCUUUUCUUGCAAUUUCAAGCAGCACGACUGUUUUCAAAUGUUAAGUGGUAUUUAUUAUUGCGUUAUUGCACACCACUUAGAAGAUGAAGAACCACACAAACACGAGCGAAUUGACUAAGCUAGAUGCGCUUGUUUUCAUGCAGUUCUUCGUCUUAUGUAUAAAUAUUCAUCUUUUAAGCGGUGCACACUAUUGUAGCAAUGAGUAGGUACCAACUGACCUAAGCAAGUACCCUUAUAAGUGGUAGUCAUGGAUGCAUGUUUUCUGGUUCUUAACCAGGAUCAUGAAGAUCUGAAUCUACAGACAGACAGACUGUUGCAGUAGGCAUAGUUUUCUAGUGUUAACUAAAGGGAACUCUGGCGCUGCAAGCGUUCAGCCAGCAUGAGAACGAUGGUUAGUACACAGAUUUUCCUUAUCUUCAUGCUUGAGGCAUCGGUGCAUUUGUGAUUUUCUUUAUUGUUGUGCUUUGGUGGCUUUUUUUAGUUCUUUACUCCGGAUGAGUUGUUGGGAACUUAGUAAGCCAAUUCAAAUUAAUGAGUCUUAAAAGGUCAAGGUGGUAAACUGAAACUGCUAAACAUUUGUUGAAGCUUUGUUGUUUUGUGUUAGCACUUUUUUUUUCUUCCCCGGGUAACAGAAUGUAUCGUUCUAAACUUAGUAAGCGAAAUUGUAUUAAUGAGCCUAAAUAAAAAGUCAAGGUGUGGCAGUGGUAAACAUUUGUUGAACGUAGUUUUGCAACAAAGCGAAUGCAGCCCACACGGAUCCAAAUGGAGCCGAAAAAAUGAUGUUUAGACCAAUCAGUGUACUGCCCAUCAUGCCCAUGACUGAAGCGCCAUGCGUUACAUACAACUCCCAUAGACAUUAGCGUCAGAGUUCCCUCUAGUGCAUUCAUAGGAAAAUAUAUGGGAGGAACAUUGUUAAAAUUUCACACGUGUUUGUGUCAAUUUCAUUUUAAUUAAAAUGGGAACUCAUGUGAUAAAGCACAUUUGAGCUUUUAAUUGUCCACAACAUUUUUACACAGCUAGCAUGAUUGUGGCAAUUGCUGCAAAAGAUGAAUGUCAUUUUACCACAGACUAAGUACCUCUCCUAACCAAACAGUGUAUUGAUGUACUGUACAAUGUCUAGGAAAACACCGACAAAGAAAAGUAUCUUGUUAUAGUUAAACCAGUUAUGUAGCAGAGAAGUUGCUCCACGUGUGUACAGUGUCACAUGUUCAGAAAUGUGUACUUUAGCAGACAUUUCGUGAAAAAAAAAAAAGAGGGUGAGGCUUCAUUCACCACAGGUCAGAUCCAAGCGCAAUGAUUGAUGUGCACAAGUGUGUCAUUCACAUGUAUUGGAAUCGAAUUCUCAGUUUUGGUACUGAUCCAAUACUGGGAGACGAUAGUUAUUAGUCGAUUGAAACUCUUCUGCACUUGCAAAGCUUGUGCAAAUUGUUAAGCACCUAGUUUUUACAUAUACCUUAAAACUGUACAGCCAAAGCAAUUUUUGUUAUUGUGUGCUCCUAAGCAUGUACUGUUUGUAAGACUAACGCUAGCACAAUUUUUUUGAAUAGGCCAACUGCUUAUAGCUAAAGCAACAUAUUAGCACCAUGUGCUACCGAUUGGUUCAGCCUCUAAAUAAAA